CAGAGCAUCAUGGGCGGCGGUAUCGGAUGCGCAUGGUCCCACCCCACACCGCAUCCUAACCUAAACCUCGCCGAAUACGGUAUUCCUGCAUCACGAGGCGCUAUGACGGAACAGAUGUCACAAGACGUGAUGCGAAAUACAAGUCGUGGAUAAAUAAAGGGGCGGGGGUGAGAUUUUACGUGCGUGACCGGAGGUAUUCCGUCAAAGGGGAACGUGCGGUUGGUCGUGUCUUUGCGGUGUGUGACGAAUGAAAAUAAUCCAUAACCUGCAGAGCGAAUUUCUCUAGACUUCAGUGACAGUGGGUCAGCGGGAUACGUGCACAAGCUGACAGGUGCUCACUACGCACGAGAGAGAAGUUGAAAAAGGAAAACUAGUCACGGAUAGCAUCGCAUCGCGGGCAUAAGGAGCUUGUGUGCGCAGUAUCACGUUCACUCGGUGUCCAUCAAUCUUGGACGUUUCCACUCUGGCACCAUGGAGGGGGAGAAGAAGCAGGUAACAUGCUACCUCCUGUUUUCUUUAUUAACGGCUGUAAUUGGCUCCCUACAGUUUGGCUACAACACAGGAGUCAUAAAUGCCCCCGAACAGCAACUGCGGGCAUUUUUUAAUGCCACAUGGAUGGAGCGUUAUGGGGAGCCCAUCAAGCCGGGGGUGUGCACCAUUGUGUGGAGCUUUGCUGUGGCCAUCUUUAGUGUGGGUGGAAUGAUGGGAUCAUUCAGUGUCGGUGUCAUAGCCAACAAAUUUGGAAGACGUAAAUCUAUGUUCCUUGUGAAUAUCUUGGCUCUGAUUGGCGGGGGUCUCAUGGGGUUGUGCACUCUCUGCUCCUCCUUUGAGAUGAUCAUUGCCGGUCGACUAAUUAUUGGGUUGUUCUGUGGUCUCUUCACUGGUCUCACUCCAAUGUAUGUUGGGGAAGUGUCGCCGACUCCCCUCCGUGGGGCCUUUGGGACCCUGCACCAGCUUGGUGUCGUUAUUGGCAUCUUAAUCGCACAGAUUUUUGGUUUGGAGUAUCUGCUGGGUUCAUAUAAGCUCUGGCCUGUACUUCUAUCUCUAACUGUGCUACCUGCCAUCGUGCAAUGUAUACUGCUUCCGUUCUGUCCAGAGAGCCCUCGAUACCUGCUCAUUAACCUCAAUGAGGAAGAACAGGCCCGCAAAGCCCUGGUGCGUCUCCGUGGUUACGAGGAUGUGGGGAAGGACAUGCAGGAUAUGAAGGAGGAGAGUGCGAAGAUGGCCAUGGAGAAGAAGGUGACCAUCCCAGAGCUCUUCCGAAUCGCUGCUUACCGCCAGCCUCUGCUCAUCGCUGUCAUGCUGCACCUGUCCCAGCAGCUCUCUGGCAUCAACGCUGUUUUUUAUUACUCAACUGGUAUUUUUAAGUCAGCUGGAGUGUCUCAGCCCAUUUAUGCCACUAUUGGAGCUGGAGCAGUCAACACUGUCUUUACUGUAGUAUCUCUCUUUUUGGUGGAGAGGGCGGGACGAAGAACUUUGCACCUUAUUGGUUUGGGUGGAAUGGCCAUCAGUGCCUUGGCCAUGACCAUUGCUCUCUUAUUGAAGGACAUUGAGGCUGUUCGGUACCUCAGCAUUGCUGCAGUUUUUGCCUUUGUGGCCAUGUUUGAGAUGGGUCCUGGACCCAUUCCCUGGUUCAUAGUGGCUGAACUGUUCUCCCAGGGGCCACGUCCUGCCGCCAUGGCCGUUGCAGGAUGCUCCAACUGGACAGCCAACUUUCUUGUGGGAAUAAGUUUCCCUAAACUGGAGGAGCUGUGCGGGCCAUAUGUCUUCAUUAUAUUCAUGAUCUUCCUCAUCAUCUUCUUCAUCUUUACAUACUUCAAAGUUCCGGAGACCAAAGGGCGAACUUUUGAUGACAUCGCCCGUGGUUUUAGCGGGGCUCCGCCUCCGACUGCCACCUCGGUGGAGGAGCCCGGCAGAGCCGCACUUCCAGCUUCUCCGGUCAAAGAAAAGAUCCCAUUGGUGGAAGCUUCCAAAUCUUCCUCGGAACAGGGUGCAAGCUCAUCUAAGCAAGCUGCGGCAGAUGCUACAAAACCUAGCUCAGUUACCCAGCCACUGAUGGAUUCUAGUAAAGAGGAGAAAUCUAAUUCCAACAUCUAAGAAAUGGUGUGACUAUAUAGCUUAAUAUGAUUAGAGCCAUGACGUACUACUGAAGAUAGUCCAGAAAUAUAAUACUAGAGAUUUAUUUACUGAAACAGAUUAUUUAGGGAAAACAGAUUAAGAAGGGAACCACAGGGGAAAGUCACAGAUCACCUAGUUAUAUUUUGAAAGGAUACGAGAGCUCAUAGUCCAUGAGCUUUAUUUUAUUGUGUAGUUAGACAACUGAUGCUUUGGUGCAAUAUUGAUUCAUGUUCUAAAGAUUUUUAUCUAUUUUUUUGCUCAUUUAUUCCUGUUUGUGCAUUUUAGUGCAGUUUUAAUGUAAAUUAUCAAACAGUAUGUCACUGUUUCCUAUGUCAGAUCAAAACAGAAAAAGGGAAUUUUUACAUUUGGCCUUCUCAUUCUCACCAUUUUCAACUGUCAAAACGCAGUUUUUUGCUUUUAGAAAAACCAAAGUGUUUGUCCCUUGAAUGAUAGUUGGCGAUCAUCAUAAUCUUCAUUAUGAUCUUCAUCAUCAUAAGGUUUUGGCACUGAGGAUGUUCAUUUUGUAUAAAAUAUAGAGUAUAUUGAGAUAUAUACGUUUUUUUGUACUUCAGAUCACUACUACCAUUUAUUAAAAACACUUAAAACAUAUUUAAUUAGAAGAUUCGUUAAAAAAUAUUUAGAUUUAUAGAAAGUGCUUAGCUAGUAAAGCUUAUGCCAAGAAUAAAAUCGCUAGUUUACUGCCAAAAGUAAUACAUCUUAAGAAAGACUAAAAUCACCAAAAAUUACCAACCAGUGUUCAAUGAAUUGUACUUAUAUAAAAUAAACAGUCUCAAUAACUAAACAAGUUCACAUUUCAGAUAUCCAAGAUAAGAUUUUAAGCAAAUGAUGUGAUCAAGAUGAUGACCAUUAAUCCCGCUACUAAAUUUCCUGUGCUUGGUGAUUUAGUAUUCCAGCGUCACAUGUGUGCUGCACUGACUCACUUUGAGGUUUGACAGAGUAGUGAGAGAAGUCUCAUUUGAUUUGAGUAAAUGUGUUUAUAAUAAAUAAAUAAGACACUUAGUGUGAAUUCCUUUCAUAGAAAACACAUAUAGUAUUUAUUUGUUUAUACAUUUAUUUUUUACUUAUAUUAGAGAAUCUUUACCAAUAGUUUCUAUCAUGUAAGUCAGUUGACGCUUUAUGCUGCCAUUGCUUAGGUGUUGCUAUUUUUGUCUAGAUAUUGAAUGUGAACGUAUUUAUUAAUACACACAUUUAUACGCCAGGGUUAAUAUGAAGAACUGCUUUUUCCCAUUCUGAUGUCUUGUGAUCAUGUAUAUGUUGCACGGAGAGAAACUCCAAAAAAAGACCAAGAAAGACAACAUUCCUCUUGCAGUAGUGCACUGUGGUUUGUAUUCCAGCGGUCAAGAGCAGCGUCACAAUGAGCCAGCCCUCUUCUAACACUAGCAAACACAACCAUCUUAUUAACUGUUUAAACCUUUCACAUACUGUACCUUUACUGUGCAUAAUGUACACAACUCAUAGUUACUUGCUUACUGUACAGUUAGAAGAGCAUCACCCUGUAAAUAAGUUAAUGUGUCUGUGUUGAAGGGUGUAACUGAUGUAAUUGCAGUUCAAAAGGAGAGUGUCUGCUAAACAGAAGUGUUCAUGUUUUGACAUUUGUAUAUUUUAUGGUGGCUUUUCCUGAAUGUGUAUCAAAAUCAUGAGUGGCACUGUGUAGAGUUGUAUUAUUUUGAGAAUAAAUAGUCUAAAU